AUGACUGGAAUACUUGUGGAUACGUUGAAGGACCCAUUCUUUGAUAGAUUGGUAAGCAGUGCAACAUCCGACUUUGCACAUCUAGUCACAAUCGGAGAUCACAUAGAAAAAGGGUUGAGGGAUGGAAAGAUUCCAGGAGCUGUGGGAGCCCCUAGUGCACCAAAAAAGUAUUCUGGAGGAUUCCAAAAGAAAAGAGAAGGUGAUACGAACGCUAUAUCCAGAGGCUAUAAGGGGAAGCAACAUGCUUCAUAUGCCCAAGUCGCCGCCGUGGUACCCAUACCUUAUCAACAACCCAUACAACAACAACAAAUGUAUCAACCACAACAUCAACAGCAGAACACCGCGCCACCAAGAAAAUUCAGGCCAAGGCCUCCAAGAAGGCAACUUGAUCCUAUACCAGUACCUUAUAGCCAAAUAUUCCCAUACUUGCAAAAGGAGGGGCUUUUGACGUUGAGGGAACUGAAACCGGUUGUUUUUCCAUAUCCACCAGGGUAUGAUGCUAAUGUCCAUUGUGAGUUUCACAUGGGAGCACCUGGACAUACCCUGGAGAAUUGUUUUGCAUUUCAAAAUCGGGUACAAGACUUGAUUGAAGCAAAUGUUGUCACCUUCACUCUGAGACGCCCAAACGUGAACACCAAUCCCAUGCCAACACAUGGGGAUGCUUCCGUCAAUGCCAUUGAGGAGAGUGAUCAUGGUGAAUUGAUUCUUAAGGUUGAAGAGAUUCAAACCCCUAUCGCCAAGAUAGGAACACAACUGCUAAUGAGUGGUCUAAUCCCGGAGGAGCUAGUUGAUGAAGAGAACAAUAAAAAGUUGAGGAAUUUUAUACAACAAAUGUUGGAUCAAGGCGAGCUACAGAUAAAUCAUUGUGUCAAGAGCAAGGGAGAAGAAGAGAUAGCUGUGGUGGACAUACCUUAUGAUGAGGUUAAUGUGGAAAUCCUUAUAAGCCCAUUGGUGAUAGAGUUUCUAGCACCGUUCGCAUAUGAAGAUGAGAAGGCGGUCUCGUGGAUAUAUCAGCCCAAAGCUUUUAAGCAAGGGCAAGAAGACCAACCUUUGAUGAUCAACGAACCAAACAUCACCUCGAUUAUGGGGCCAGCUGGAAUAACACGUAGUGGCCGAGUACUCGCACCAAGGAUUGUUGAUGCUUCUGCAAAAGCUAAAGGGAAGGAAGUUGUUGUUCCUAUACAAAUCCCCGUCCCUAAUCAAGAAAUGAAAGAAAUGCAUCUGUCUCCCAAAGCUGCAGUAACUCAUGAAGAGGCCGAGGAAUUUCUGAGGAUAAUCAAGAAGAGUGAUUAUAAAGUGGUGGACCAGUUGAAUCAAACACCUUCAAAAAUCUCCAUGUUAUCUUUGUUGCUUAGCUCAGAAGCAUACAAGAAUUCGUUGUUCAAAGUGUUAAGCGCAAUACAUAUCACGAAAGACAUAACGAUAGAACAGUUUGAUGACGUAAUAGCUUGUGUGACCAUUGGAAUUUUUUUGGGGUUUAACGAUGAUGAACUGCCGGUCGAGGGAAAGAACCAUAACAAAGCCCUACAUGUCUCCUUGAAAUUCAUAUACACUAUACUAUCAAGGGUAUUAGUAGACAUAGGUUCCUCACUAAACGUCAUGCCAAAGACCACUUUGAUAAAGCUGCCAAUGGAAGGGAUGAAUAUGAAGCCCAACACCCUAAUCGUAAAAGCAUUUGAUGGCUCAAGGCAAGCAGUGAUAGGGGAGGUUGACUUACCGAUCAAAAUAGGCCUAACUAUUUUCAAUAUCACAUUGCAGGUUAUGGACAUACAUCCCGGUUAUAGUUGUCUACUUGGGAGACCGUGGAUUCACUCCGCAGGCGCCGUCACCUCCCCUCUGCAUCAAAAGCUAAAAUUCAUUACAAAUGAUAAGAUGAUUGUGAUUGGAGAGGAGGAGGAUAUCUUGGUUAGCCAUUUAACAUCUUUCCGGUAUAUCGAGGUGGAUGGCGAGAUAACCGAGACACCAUUCCAAUCCUUGGAAGUGGUUAAUAUGAUGGCCGUCCAACAGACAUUGGAGACCCCGAAAUCAGGACCAUCCAUGGCCUCGUGGCAAGGAGCUAAGGCUGUGAUGGAGAGUGAAAAUGCUCAAGACUGGGGAAAAGUGGUGGAAGUACGAGAGAAGCAGGGCAAGUUUGGGUUAGGGUAUGACCCGUCAUCAAAUGAAACUGGUAACCAACACGACAAAGAGCAAAUUCCUUCGGUAGAAGAAACAUUCACCAGCGUUGGCCACAUUUUUGGCAACCAAGUGGAAAUGAUCAAUAAUGAAGUUCGCGAAGAGGGGGUGUCUAGCUGGAUACGACAAGCCGCACCUAAUGAAUAA